AUGGAGGUUCAACUGUGGUCAGCAAUUGACUUGCCACAAGUUCGAACUCACAAGAUUCAUGUAACAGAAAGCAAGUGGAACAGGCUUCUUAGGCUGUGAAGCAACAGAACAAGCAUCAAAGUUCCAAGAGUUCUUAGUCCCCUAGGCCAUAUUAAAUAACACGAAGGACUUUUCCAAAAGUCUGUGUCAAAAACAGCAUACCAAGCUUUGCAAUAUGCGUAAGGUUGGUGUCAUUCAGGCCAAUAUUGAAUAAGAUACAGUCAUUCAAAACAUUGUUAAAAAUCUACUAUGAAAUGUACUUGAACAUUUUUACUUCCUGUGCAUGCACUUAUCAUUGGGUUGCCUUGAUAUUUGUUUGUCACAAUUAUUCUGAGCAAGCAUACUUCCAGUAGUUAUACUUCAACUCUCGCUUGUCUUUGCCUUCCAGAGUAGAGUGAUGGCAAAAUAUAUGAGUAAUAUUACAAAAAUAUUUGCAAAUCUUGACAGGUUUGAUGUCAUUCAAUUUGUCAACAGAAGGAAGACACUGACAUGCUGGCAUCAGGUGGGUCAUUCUAAGAUCCUUUUGUUAGCCUGUACAUGCGGAUGUAUUUGUACCAUUUACAUUGUUGAACUACUGCAAAAGGUUAAAACAACCAAAAGAGUAAGUUAAAGGGAAAGAUGAUAUUUCAUUUGCAGAUGACCAUGGGCUAUAACAUUUUUUUGUAACAAAUAUACAAACACAUAUGACUUGCUUCUUGCUCAAGAGACUUUUGUAGGGAGAGCUGCUGUAAUAUUCUUUUACAGUCUCAUGUUUUCAAAACAAAAUGUAUGGCAAAAUAUCUUUCAACGUACCGGUAGUUUGAUUCUCAGUUUCCUUUGUCUCUUCAAAUUCAAACUACAAUAGGUAGAAAAUAAUCUAACCAGACUUUUAUUUUAAACUACACAAUCGUGUACAAGAGACCAAACUAAUUUUUCAAUCUAACAGAUGUUGCAAUGAUAGGGUAUUUGCUUCUUGCAUUAUUUUAAUUCUAGAUACUGAAGAGAGCGAGGAAACUCCUAAGACAGUAAGUGUGUUCCUACUCUACGGAAGCCGAUAAGGGACAAUCCCAAAAUAUUUACGAAAUCCGAAAAAAUGUUUUUAAAAUCCGAAAAAAUAUUUCAAAUCGUAAUGUUUUUUGGAAAUCAUCGUUGAAGAGUUUAUCAAAUCUGAAAAACUAUUACAAAUCCUAAUAAAAUUAUUGAAUCCACAAAUAUUAUUUUGUAAAUCCGAAACAUGUUUAUAAAUCCGAGAAUUGUCGCUAAAUCCUGAAAAAUAUUUUGCAAAUCCGAAAAAAUAUUUUGUCACGUGUUACUUGCGCCAGCAGUCUGCUACCAACAGCGGUUUGCCCCAUCCAAAAUGGCGGAGUUUUGUUCCACUCGUGAACCCUGGACGCAAAUUUUGCUUCAAAUGUGGUUCCAAAGUUGCAGGGAUUUCACAUCCGAGUGCAAGAAUAAGUACAUUCGAAGAUGAGCGUGCUUCUUCCUCGUCAUCUUCGAAGUCAUUAUCACAAUACUUCACCUCCAAAGCGGAAGAACGCAGAGGAUCUAAGUUUAACAAACCAAACAACUAAGCCGGUUUCAAAAAUAACACGUUAACGAUCCAAGACCCAGGAUCCAGUUCAGUUUUCAAAGUAUCUCCGUUCAUAUAGAUCUCAUGGUACUCGCUCAGCGAGUGGACAAUGGUAUCGUACCUAAAUCCCCUCAGUUCAAAGUAAUGUUCUAUUACCAGCCUCUUCUCUGCCGAACUGCACAGACUUUCCUGUUGAUGUCUCUUUAUUGUUCCACACUGCCGACAGAAUACUCCAUUGCUCUCAAACUCUCUGCCACGUUUAUGGAAGAACUGAAAUCGUACUUUGUGUUAUAUUGUAAACGAUUACAAACUCUUUAUACUUGAAUCACCCUAAAACCAUUAUAAAAUCUGACUAAAUAUUUUAUAACUAAUCUCAACUAAACAAGGUAUCAGGAACGGGAAUCUCGUUUAUUGAUACAGCGAACGUUUUACACAUCACCAUAAAGAAAUUACAGCAGUGAAUGAACAAUAAAGCAAAGUUGAAAGAGAUGCCUUCGUGUGGCUCUUGCAUAACUUAUAAAAUCUUGAUAGCUUACAAGCCCCUAGGGAUUAAUCAUACCUGCAAGCACGCUUUAAGUACUUCUACAGUUAACACGAAUCAUACAUAAUGAACAUACUCCAGUGUCAUUAUUAAACGUGACAAAAUAUAUUAACCCACACCCGCCCCUCCUCCCUGGGGGCUUGUAAGCUAGGGAAGAGGACGAAGAGAUGAAGAGGACAAAGCACGCUCAUCUUGAAUGUACUUAUUCUUGCACUCGGAUGUGAAAUCCCUGCAACUUUGGAACCACAUUUGAAGCAAAAUUUGCCUCCAGGGUUCACGACGAGUACGAGUCGAACAAAACUCCGCCAUUUUGGAUGGGGCAAACCGCUGUUAGUAGCAGACUGCUGGUGCAAGUAACACGUGACAAAAUAAUUUUUUGGAUUUGCAAAAUAUUUUUCAGGAUUUAGCGACAAUUCUCGGAUUUGUAAACUUAUUUCAGAUUUACAAAAUAAUAUUUGUGGAUUCAAUAAUUUUAUUAGGAUUUGUAAUAGUUUUUCAGAUUUGAUAAACUCUUCAACGAUGAUUUCCAAAAGACAUUACGAUUUGAAAUAUUUUUUUCGGAUUUUAAAAACAUUUUUUCGGAUUUCGUUAAUAUUUUUGGAUUGUCCCUUAUCGGCUUCCGUACUACUCACACCACAGAUGAUUUGUUUUUUAUUUCUUUUUCAUCUGUCUAGAUUUUUGACAUUUUAUGCAUGGUAACCUUAAAAUUUGAGUUGGAUAUAAAAUAUUUUAUUGCUGGUAUCAAUAUGGUAACUAGAUUCAUUGGUAGGUUAGAGAGUUUCUGUAUCCUUUGUAGGCGGGAGUCAUAGCUGAAUGGAGUGAAGUCAAUCGCAAACUACGACAUCAUGGUUUCCAACCCGUCAUGGUGUUACCAUCCAGCAGAUUGCAACAUCUUCCUGGUGGUAAGAAAACUAUAAUUUUGAAUGUGUCUUUUAAUGCUGGUCUGGUGUCUUUGUGCUAGGAAUGUGCCAAAACUCAUGUACACAGGGUUCUCAAUAGGACUUGAAGAAUGUGUCUGGUCAACCUUCAUUAGGCAGCUGUGACAAACGGUGGGGUCGUAAACUGGGCGGGGGGGAGGGGGGGUUGAGGGUCUGAGACAUGUUCCCAAAGAAAAUUUUUAAAUAUAUGGAAGCUCUGAAAUGCAAUAUAUUUGAAGCCACUUUGGGUAUCAACUUCAAUUAUUACAGAAUAACUACACAACACAUUCUGUUGACUAGUUUUAAAAGUUUUAUCAGAGGAACAAACUUUUCACUUUAGGUAAAUGUAAAGGAAAAAGUCUUGUCACUUGGUUAUUGUUAGUGCCAACUUGUAAGCUAGUUAUUAGGGCCGUUUAUACGAGAGAAAAUAAGCCGCGGCUUACUCUGGCCGCGGCUUACAUAAGACGCGAAAGGAAACAUUUAUACGAGUACGGCUUAUAUUAGACGCGAACUGCUCGUAUAAAUGGUUCACAGCUUAGUUCGCGGCCAGGUUGUACUUUUAACAAGCGUAGAUUUAAAAUUAAAAUCGGAGAACUUACGCUUGCCGAGUUAACGCAGACAUCGAGCUGCCCCGGAAUCUCAAGCUCGCUGCAUAUGAGCAGGAUUUGUUUUUCUUCUGGGGCACUCCACACAUUUCUAAUGUUACAUGAAUCUCUAUCCGCCAUAAAUGUCAACAAAAGUCACUGCAACGCGCGUCUCCUGGCCGUGAAGGUCUGGGAUAUAAUUGAAAACAGAGCAUGCGCAGCAGUCGUUCACUGCUUCAGCAAGCCGCGGACAACGUUUGAGUGCAUUUACACGAACACUUUCACGUCCAAGGUAAGCCGCAGCUUGGAUAAGCCCAUCACAAAACCCCUCGGCCAGGAUAAGCCGCGGCUUGAGCUGACCUUGGGUUGAAUAAGCCUUGAACAUAGAUUUUGUACCAUUUAUACGGGGCGUUCACGUCUUAUGUAAGCCACGGCUAUAGUAAGCCGCGGCUUAUUUUCUCUCGUAUAAACGGCCCUAUUAUUAUUGUCAGCUUGUUAGCUAGUAGUUAUUGUUAGUGUCAAGUUGUAAGCUAGUUAUUAUUAGUGUCAGCUUGUAAGUACCGUUUAGAGUAUUGCCUCUAUGUAAUUUUCUGUCUGUUAAUACCUGUUUUUGUUACGAUUGCAAUAAAAAAAAUAAUAAAAAUAAAAAAGGUUGGCUCAUAAUAACAAAUGUGUUUCAAUACCAAGGCAUUACGUAGCAUUUAAAACGUACCUUUAGCCUUCUUGGCAUUGUCCUUGAAUUGACUGAAACCAACAAAACUUAGCACUUUUUUUCCAUUUGGCUGCCAUUACUAUUGCAAACUGUGUAGCACUGGAAUUGAGUAUCGCAUGACCAUGUUUUACUGUGAAGGGCUGGGCCAAAGUGAAUGUUCUAUACCCAGAAGUAUAUGUGGUUGAAAACAUGGUGGUUGUCAAGUAGGGGAGCACCAGCAGGCACUCUUGUUUGGUCUCAAUUGUUUAGAUUAUUUUGUACAGUAUAUCCAGGGAUGUCCCUAAGAGUAAGGUGCCGGCUAAUUUCUCUGGCUGAAAAAGAGCUUAUCACCAGCUCAGAUUGAAAGGAAAACAAAGACGUGGGAAUUUUAGAGAUGAAAAUGAGUAAAACAGCCAGCUUGACUAACCAAAAAGCCUGCUUAUCAUUUUCUUAGCUACAUCCCUGUAUAUCACAAAGAAAACUCAAAAUCAGAUGAAAGGGAUAGGUAGAAGACCUGAGCACAAACGAACAAGACAGGGUUGUCAAUAGUAGCCGGCUGCCAACGAAAAUCGUCACCAACUUGGUUAGUAUUGGCCGGCUACUCUACUUGGCAUUUCUUUACCAAUGGCAUUUUUAAUUUCCCUGGUCUACUUCAAAACUUUCUGACAACCCUGGUAGGAGAAAAGCAGCAAAUAAACUACAAAGUAAGGAACUACAAAUUCCAAAGUAGGCAGCAAUCAGUCACUGGGUGCUGGCUUCUAUCGAGAAGCCUGUGUACUGAGAUCAAAACAGAAUUUUUAAAUAUCACAAAAACCGUAUUUCUGGUAUAACGUUUUCACUCUUUAUCCACACAAUGCACUCAGUUCUUGUACUGUAUAUAAAAAAGGUUAUGUACAUGUAAACCAGCCUUAAAUUGGUAAAUGUAUCAUGGCCCCAAGAGCUUGCUGAAAAUUAUGAUUCUACAGUUGCGCUUGACCCCAAAACACACUUUUGGGAUCAAGAAGUUCACAGCUCAUCAUUCUGUUAUCAUUAAACACCAGUCAGAGUGCAUCUAGGAGUUUUGUAGUAAUACUUUUGUACAUUCUUGUCUUUCCUUAAGCCCGCCUCGAAUAGCUUAUAGCUAACUGUGGGUUCUCAAGGUUAGUAUUGUGUGACUGUAUAAGUUAGACAAUGAAGUUUGUUUGCCUGUCGUUGUUGUUCCUCUUUAUCAUAUCAUAGGUCCUUUUGAAAAUUUCCAUUCUAUUGUGAACAUUGUUGUGCAAUAAUGUAUUGCUAACAUUAAAAAAUAUUCAAUGAUUUUUUUUUCUAGUAAAUAAAAAGAUGUUCAAAGAAAUGUAUCUCCUUAUUUUUCCAGAAGCUGUUGUGUUGGAGGAGUUUACAUCCAAGAAUUUGCAGCACACAUUGGACAAACUGAUGACUGACUGUGAUAGACGACAGUCAAUGGUGCAGGAACUUAUCUCUUCUUCUCACAGAAUACAGUUAGUACUUUUUGCAUUUCAAUGAUAUUGUCACAGCAAACUUGCACAACUGCACGUACAGCUGUACAAACACACCGUAUACAGUAGUCCAUCUCUAUAAAAUAGGGGAAACCUUCACUGAAUAAGGACCUCCAGCUAUUUAUGAUUUUCUCCUGACCGCAAGUUUAGUAGCUUGAGAAAACAGCUGACAUUUUAUGAUGCCACCACUGGUUUCCCCACCAAAUGACUCCCGAGGAAUGAGAGCAGAAAUUCCUUACUGAUGAUAUACGUGUCACUACUCAAGAUCUUUGUAGUGCUGGUAGUGAUUGGUUUUGCUGGUACAAAAAUUUGUUUCAACCCAUCAGAAGUUCACUUAUGCUACAAGUUCAUGCAAUUUCAACUGUACAUGUAUGUGAGUUUAAUAUAUUUUAAUAAACAAAACUCAGAGUACAAGUACUAAAUAAAUUGCAGGUCUAACUUGGGUUAGUCAAGUUACAGAUACAUGUUACAGCUGAUCUUUAUCAUGCCCAGCGGGCAGAUAAGCCCAGAAUUGUUUGACGUUAAAAUAAACAUGCUCAUAUUGAUUUUACAUGUUUAUACACUGUCCAUUUGCAUUUGGAGCAGGCGUUUGAAACUAUAUUUGAGGAAAUGAAGCUUGAUUCAAAUGUCCUUGAAAAAACAUUCACUUUAAUAAUUAAUAAAUUGGUCUUGCUUCAAUCUUAACCACACAGUGGCUUGCGCAAAUAAACCAUGUCGUGUUGUAUAUGUCAAAGCAAAAUUAUUGAGAAAUCGGUCAUGGGUGAGGCUUUUGUUUUCUGUCUCGUGAGACUUGAUCCUUGACUUGAUUCUCUAUAACUGGUUCUCAAUUCUCCCUUCGCGUGGGAAUCAAGAACCAAGAAUCGAGACACGCAACAGACCGUCAACUUACUGCAGUGUAAAACUUCUGACCAACUGGGGAUUUAUCUCAAACCUUUCCCCAAGGCUAUUUUAAAAAGGUAUGUUCUCAGUUGGAUGGGUGUGGCUGUUCAGCACCACUGAAUUAAAAAAAUAUAUGAUUGACGCAUAAUUUAGGAAUGCUUAGUUAUUUGUCUGUUAAAUGAAAUACAGUUCCAACAGCACUGUUAGUGACUACUGUGCAUGUGUAAGGUUUGUAGUUGGUGCCUUUUAUACAAAAAUAUUUGUUGUAUAUUAUAGCAGGAGUAUGAAUCUCUUUUGAUUCUCUCUUGAUUCCGUAGGAGAGAUGCUGAUGAAGAAAGGAAUCGAGUUUAUCGUUUUGAAAUGGAGGUGUGUUGUAUGAAGCAAAACAUGUGAUGUACAAUACGUAUCAACCAUUGUUGAGUCAACAUUAAUUUUUUUGCAUGGUCUUCAACCAGCAAAGAAAACCAAAAUAUGAGUAGUAGUACUGUGUGUAUUGUCCCAUUUUACUGUUGACUGAUCAGUUUUUAUUCAGUUGAAAUAUUUAUUGUUCCUUCUGAAAACCAAAAAAAUUAGAGUUUUUAAACUCACUGUCACAAAAGGCAGCUGUAAACUUCCUUUAAGAAGAGGAGAUUGAAUAGGGACUGUGAAAUUCCUUUUUUACAGAUAAGAAACCUUCAAAGAGAGCUAGAAGAGGAGAAGCUUAAAACUCAGGUUAGAAGUCGUUUACUAGAUAUAUAGCUAACUGUUAUACUUUUCUUUAUAAAUUAUACCCAUUUUUGCAGUAAUAUAUGGACCACAGUUCUUGGCAGUGGGGUGGGUUAUCAGUCAAGAGAGUAUCCUUGGAUUGCUUACUACGUGUAGAAAACAAAUGAGUAUGUGUUAGUGGCUUGGAGCUAAGGAAGGUAUUGAGACACCUUGGUGAAAUGUAAAAAUGUUUUCUCAAGAAAAAGUGAUUUUGAAUUUGAGCUCUUUUUAAAAGUUUUUGGAAGGGAUUCAGAAAGUUUGAUGGUAGAUACCCAGUGAGGUUCACAGAGGGUCAGUAUAAGUUAAUAAAGAGAUCAAAGUUCAAUUUAAAUAAGGAUCAACACUGGGUACUUUGUAGGCAACUUUGCAACUUUGUAGGCUGGUGCUUUCUACUUAAAGUAAAUUAUUAUUAUUCUAAUAUUAACCCUCAAAAAAAUUAGGUGUACAGGAUAGGGAUACAGUGGAAUAUUUCAAAGCUUUGAAGCAAUCAAUGGAGAAUGACAUACUUUGAGUUAAUCAAAGGUUUAAGCCAAUGAAUACAUAAUUGAUGAAUGUGAUGACAGUAAUGUUUUACUUGUAGGAGAUGGAGAGAGUACGUCUUGUUGAACUUCAGCAUCAUGGAGAGGAAGUGCAAGAGUUGAAAAGAAGCAAAGCCGAACUUGCUGCAUUACAUGGACAACUGGAGCAUAAAGUAUCUCAGAGAGAAGCAGAAAUAACAAGGCUGCAACGUGAAUAUCAAGAGCUUAUCAAGGUCUGGGUGUAGACUUAUCAUACAUUAGCCUAUCAAUAGGAAAGGAUAGGCAUCUCUUUUAAAAGCUUGGUUCCUUUCAACCACACAUAAUAAGUGUUUUUUUGUUACUGUUCUGACUUAUGUGACCUUCCAUACAGUGCUUCUCAAUUAAGGCAACAAAUAAUGUAAUCUUUAAAUAAAUACAGCUGUAGAUGUGACAAUAGUGCAUGAAAACAAUGACAAGUCCCAUGACAGUUAAGCAUUGCUCCAUCAAAAUUUUUUCAGCACCUAAGGGACUGGUCAUUAUGUAUGUAGACAGGGGAGGGAAAAAUAUGUUGGAAAGAUCAAAAUUUCUGUAAGGCCCCCCCUGUGGACCAUGUAAAUAGCAAGUGACCCCCCUUCUUUAUUCAAUAUUUACGUGAUGACCCCCCCCUCCACCUCAUAUCUCCUCUUACAUGCUCUACAAAGUAAUUAUUAAAAUGCAUGUAACAAUACUCUGUUAAGAGUGAAGACUUAUUGGUAAAUGUUACUAAUCAUAAGAUGAUUAGUUACUUUGCAUAACAAUGGAACUAACCUACUCUAUUACAAAAUCAGCGUAUAAAUAUAUGAAAAGUGAUAGAUUUUUACAAAUCGUGCCUUCAUGGUGAACACAAAUGUAAUAACCAUGCAAAAUAUAACUCUUUUCAAAUGAUUUUCAUACAGUUGUAAAAGGACUACUUUCUAGUUGUGUCAUCAAGUUUUUCUUGGGAUACUGAAGUGACACAAGCAUUUCAUUAAUAGAAAAUUCAGUCAAACCAAAUAUUAAAGUAGAUAGGUCUGGAUUCUUUAUUAGCUAAAAUUUGAAAUAAAAAUGAAGUUUAGAGUGCAAACAGAAUUUCUGUCACAUGCAAAUGACUAAGUUGUACAAAAUAAUGAUGCUUUAAAUAGACAGAAAGCAAUAGGAUUAGCAUAAAAUUGUACAACUUAGCAUUACUGUUUCACAAGUAUUGUUUGUGCUCUACUAUUUAACUGCUUUACCCAUAUUGGUCAAUGGACCCCUCUUAAAAUAUACCUGGCGAUCAAACUGCUGACCCCCCUAAACUUCUUUAUGAAAAAGUUUAGCCCCCCCCCUCUAGCCAAUCUGAAAUAGCCUUGGACCCCCCCUUCUUUUUUUCCCUCUUCUCCCGCUCUACAUAAAUAAUGACCGGUCCCUAAAAUUAAGCUGGAAAGUAUGUUAUCUUCUGCAUACAACUAUUGAUGUGUUAAAAUGAUAAUUUGCCUUCUCUUUUUAAAAUACUUCAAGGAGGGAAGAAAGCUCAGGAGUCGAAGCAAACUAAGCAAAUAUAAUUCUCCAUACAGGCAUGAUACUACAGAUCAAAGGUACGAGGUAACAACAUGGACAUUUGAGAUUGUUCGCAAAUUUGUCAGUGUUUGUUUUUUAAGUAGUUUUGCGUCUUAAGUUUUAAAUAUUUUGUUCACUUCUUACAGUGUAACUUUUUCAUGUUGUUGAAUAUGAUUGACAGCUAUGAAUCCCAACUCAGUAGAGUUCAGCAAGAGGUUGGUCACUUGGAAAAGAAAACAGAAAUGCACAGCAAACCUUCAAGUGUUGAUAGUUUUGGUGAUCAGAAGUCAACAUCUCAGUCUGACAGCAAUGGGGACUCAUUUUCCCAAAAAGGAGCAAUUACACAAAGAGUGGGCAGCAGUGCUUACACACCAAAAAGAAGUGAAGUUGAACUAGCAGUAAGAUUCUGGCUGUUACAUCAAUAUUAAUUACAGUAUUGACAGCCUAACUUAUCUUAGCAUCCAUACUUUUGGUCAAUGUGCCUUAACCUGCGGGCAUAACAAAGUAUUUCACAGUACACAGACAAGUUAAGGAAAGGAUGUGCGUACAGUGUAUUGUGCAUUGUAUCAGUAAUGAUUACAUGCAAUGUCAAUUAAUGACUCGUCAUUCGUCGCCAAGCAUCAUUAUUGUACAGUACUCAGAGAGUACCAGGUGUUAUGGGAAGGAAUGCAUAUUCAUUACAUCCUAUUAGAUAAGAUGCAAGGCCACAUACAUGUAACUCUUGGGUUGCAUCUAAAAGGUGAAAGCUUUCUUGCAGUACCAUUCUGAUAUGGAAAAAAAAAGUUGGGCUUUUUAUCCUCUCACACUCUAUGUUGUCUUAAAGAACCAGUUAAGAGAAUUCAAUAAUGUUUCAGUACAUUGUAAGACUGAGUUGGUGGAUUUGUCAUGAGUUUGUCGUUCUUGUCUUAUUUUUAUAGACUUUAGAGAAACAGCUGAGAGAAUCUAAAAAGUUGAUUAAGCUUUUGGAGAGUGAGAACACACAUCUGAAGAUGGAGUUAGAAUCAAGGUUUUGUGCUAUUAAUUUGCACCAGUGUGUUACAUGAUAAUAAUCUAAGCUUAAUAGGAAUAUAUUAUACCUACCAUCAAACCUGAACAGUGUGAAUGUGACUGCCAAAUUUCUCUUCCACAAGCACUUAGAUGCAAAGGACAGAGGUUAUUGUUAAGUUCACCCUUUCUCUCAUAUUAAUUGUACGUUAAUUGCAUUUCAAUGACUACGGUCUUUUAAAUUUGUUAAAUAGACAUUAGAAAAAAAGGAUAUCCCCUAUUAGUAAUGGUGUAACGAUUAAUCAAAGUCUUGAUUAAUCAUGAUUAUGACCGUUUGGUUCGAUUCACGAUUCUUUGCAUCCACAUUUCAAUUUUGGUUUGAUUUUUGCAUACCUUUUCCAGGGUGCCCUCUGUGAGUUAUUAUAUUGUAAAAUCAGAAUCCAGAACUGUGUCUGCAGUUUUGUGUUGCCUGGUAAAAAUGCUGUCCUUCAACCACCCCUUGAGAAUUUCCAAAUAAGGCAAACCAUGUGCAACACCUUCUUUGUCAGGUUCUCAAACAUGGCGACGAACCAAGUGACUGUGAAUCCUCCUGUCCCUGUUACUAUUCUCCAAUUGAGGGUUUAGGGUUACAUGUUGUUAACGUUACACGUUUUAUAAGAAUUAAGGAACAUUUACAUAAUCGAAUCGAAAUAAUCUAAAUCGAAAGGCAAUAAUUGAAAUCCAAUCAAAUCGCAAGGAAUAUGAAUCGUUACACCCCUACCUGUUGGUAUGGAUUUUAACUCUUUGGGCAGUUAUUUAAGUUGUAGUUUAAGACGAUUAUUGUUGAUCAUCCAUAUAUUUUUAUAAAGUUCUUCCAUUUAAGUUCAUUUUGUUCUUUACAGCUGCUUGAUACUGUUUGAGCAAAGUAGUGUUUAUAUGUUGCCGUUGGUCAAACUGAAUAUGAAUUAAAAGUCACCUUUUUUGGUUGACCUUGAGAUGAUUGCCGUGUAUGCAUGGACAAAACCAAAGCCUUUAGCUGAUAAAAUAAAUAAUGAGCAUUAACAGAAACCAUUUUCAAGGCAAUAUGAAAAUCCCUGAACUCUUUGUUAAAAUUUUUGGCACUGCAACCCACAUGGCAAUCAAGUUAAUCUCUUAUAUAAAAUGGCAGUAUCAUUGUUUUCUUGUAUUAGACCUAAUCGAGAUCACUGGAAGAAUGCAAGGAAAUACAACAAAAAGUUGGAAAAAAUUCUUGCUGAGAACAAUCUCAGGUGAUUAUUGAAGUGUUAGAUAUUUUUGUAUUUUUUUUCACUUCCCCAUUUUUUGCACUGUAAGUUUUGUCACUCUCAGUUUAUAAUGUUUCUGUCAAAGGCAAUCCAUUUAUGUGGCUUUGUUAUGUACAAAAUAAGGCUUAAAAGUGGCUGAGUUUCUGACCGAGAUUUUUCUUGAAGCCAUUAAUUUAAAGUAACAAAGAAGUCUCAUGUAAAGAGCAUAACAUAUUAAUACUGUUCAUGUUUAUAAGACUUGCUUUUGGCUUCCCCCUAGUCCCCAUAGGUUUAUGAAGACUACUCCUUCGGCUCAUCAAUGUGGCUGAGUACUUUCCUCAAGCUAAAAAUACCAACUAGAAGCAACGUUCUGUCUUUAUAGCCUGAAAUGCUUUUUCUAGCUCUUAUCAGAUUAUUAAGGUUCCUGUUGUCAAUUCAUCAUGGUGAACUGCACUGUACCUUUGCUUAACAACCCUUGUGUACAGUUCAGUUCUGCAAACUAUGAUUGUAAGAUCAGUAGUCUGCAGCUCCACAUGGGCUAUCACACUCUGUCAGCUAAAUUAUUUUCACCAUCCUAAUAACCCUAGAAUUUCUGCUAAGGUCAUUCUUACCUGUUGUAUUUACUAGGUGGGCACCCAAUACAUCACCAAAUCAUCCCUUCCCAAAAAUGUGUUUUGAUAGUUUUAAUUUUAAGGUGUCUUUUUUCUCUUAAUUUCCCAGUCUUCCACGGAAGAUGAAGCAAAAAGAAAAAAGGGCCGUGGAAACUGAAGCAAAACCUUCCUCAAAACCACAGAGAUACCGCACAAAUGUAAGGACCUUAACUCAUAGUUAGCUCUUUUUAAAUGUUUCUAGUACAACUUUAUGUUUCCUGGAAGUAAUUAAUCAAAUUGAUUUCUGGACAUAAAGCUGAAUUAGUACACAAUGUUACAGAUUAUGAUUAAUUAUUUUUUGGUAAUAACAUGGUUGCCAUAGGUAAGGAAAUGGUUUUUUAGGGAAAAAAAUUCUUCAGGGGAAAAGUCAGGGCAUUUCACUUCAAGUCAGGGAGAAAUGUAAUUUUAAGAGUACAUAUUUCUUUUCCCUCCACUUGUAUUGUCUGUAACAUUUAAAAUUCUCUUUUACAUUUUGCGGACAUGAAUUGUGUUGUGUUUAAUUGGUGUAAUAUUGUUCAUGAAAUUGAACAACAAGUUCAGUGUUCUCCCUAAAUUUUAGCUCAGCGGGUGAAGGACCAUUCAUGGACGGUAAGACAGAAAAUAUGUGCCAGAGGCACACUUUCCUGGGGGGAGGGGGGCAGUGGAGUAAGGGACAUGGCCCCGCCCUUGCUGGGUAAUUUAGGAGCUAAGUUCCCUGAAACGUCAUUCCCUCAUUUUACGACCUAUUUUUAAACCCUAAUGUUUUACUCUGUCUUCAAUGCUCUGUUUCCAAAAUGAAGAGAAAAGCUGGGUAUACUUUAUUACACUUCCAUAUAUUCAUUCAUUACCUUGAUCAGAUCAGAUCACAACUUGCUUAUAUUUGUUAAACAACUUAUUUCAUUUUAGUAAACCUUCAAGCGGUUGCAUGCGGUAAAAAGUGUUGCUUCAAACAGUAAAUUUUACUGCUUACCGCUUGAUAAGGAGGACACUAUCAAUACAUGCACACCAUUACUUGCUGAAAGCAUAAACAAAUGAGUGGAGAGAAUUAAUGGUUGUGAGGGGAGCAUUGAGUCCAUUAUCAAUACUAAUUUUUGAAAUUGUUUAUUCCAUUGGUCAGGGAAAUUUUACGUUUGUCAGGAAAAACGUCAGAGAAUUUCAGAAAACUCUGGCUGUGGCAAUCAUGAAUAACUUCUGUUUAAUUUCUUUUCACUUCUUUAUGGUUUCAACCAUUUGAAAUUUAAGCUGUAUCAAAGAUGGCCUAUAUGCCCUUUAAAAGAUUCAUAGUUUUCCAUACAGUUUUCAUGAAAAAAGAAUUGUUUGCACAUCUUAUCUGUUUUUGGGUUAGAAUAAUAUUAUUAUUAUUAGUUGAAGGGAUUGCUUGUUUCAGACAUAUGCAAGUAUUCAUACACAAAUGGCUUCUUUUCCUGUAGAUUGAAGACAUUGAUUUUCUACCAAUUGAUGUUUGUCGAGAGUAUUUGAAGGUAUUUUCUACAUAAUUAUCUGCUGCUUAUGGAUAAGAAAACCAGCUUAUGAUCCAUUACAGCUGAUUUCAGUGCAGAGAACAGAAAAAAUUUUAAAGGAAAAUAGAUAUGCAAUCACAGUUAGGAAAUUGUUUUAAGGGUUCAUCUGCAUAUAUGUCCUUUCAAAAAUUACCAGGACUCAUGUUAUAUAUUGCUUAUUUUAUUCUUAGGAAGUGUGCGGCAUACUUGAGAUUAAUAACCUUCAAGGCAUGGAAGACAAAGUAAACUCUUUGAAGUUGCCUGCACAGUCUUAUCCUGCAAUGGAAAAGGUUUGUUUGUCUGGUGGUGAUAAAAAUGUGUACAUGUGAGGACAUUAUUUAGGCACUGAUGAGAAACCUCUCUUGAAAUAAAAAGUUUUAAAAACGGUGGUCUUUGGAAUUUAAACAGUUUUAACAGGAGUACAUAGUAUCCAUUAACAAUUGACCUGUCACUUGGUUAUCACUUGUAUUUUUUUGCCAACUUUUACUGCAUUAUAACAGCAAUUUUUUUUCUUCUGUUAGCUGAUAAGAAAUAUCAUGGAGUUACUCAGUUCAAAGGAUUGCCCCAGCGCCAUGUUAUCUGAAGACAUUUUUUCCCAGAGUUCACAUGAGUUUCACUGCGAAAGGGCGUGGAAGAAUGUUGUUCCUGUUCUCAGGAAGUGGCUGAAUGAACUUACAGGUCUCAAGGCAAGUUAAGGCUAUACUAUCUUCAUUUACAAUUCCAGCUAGACUUGAGAGAUUAAAAGCUGCCCUGAUAAGUCCAACUGUAAACUCUCUCUGAGGAAAUCACCUUCGGAUUGUUGCUUUUUAGACAGCCAUAUUCCACUAUAGACCUUUGAGUCAGUUAAUUUGAUUAAUUCUUUUAUCAUUUAUAGAGCUUUUUGUAGGGUUGAGCUGCUCGCUCUCAGAUAAGAUCUUGAAUGGGCUUUCAUAACAUCUGAAGAAUUAUGGAGAUCGAGGAGGGUGUUAUCCGCCUCGGCCGUCAUACUCAGUGUCAUUCAAUACCCUCUGAAAUACAAGCUGUUUACACAUGGUUUAAAUUAGAGGACACAACCUAUUGUUUUCUUUAUUUAUAAUUUGCAAGGUUAUUUAUAGUGAUCCAACUGGCAAGGUUGAAGGUACAGAAGAAACCUUGUUAAUACGGACACAAAAGGGGACAUGCCAAAGUAUCCAUUAUCUGGGUGCCCAUCUUAAACAGGUUAAUUUUAGAGAAAAUAUAUGUGGUUUUUUGAACAGUGUUGGGACAAACGAACUGUCCAUAUUAUUAUACACAGGUGUCCAUAGAGCAAGGUUCCACUGCAUUUUAUACCUUACAACAAAGUUUUAUUGUUUUCAUAAACAGUGCAUUUGGUGGAAGAAUGUUUUCUUUUAAAGCAUUGACUGUAUUACCCUGUUACGGCCUAGGUACUUUGAAGCCUUGGAAAAAGUAUACAAUGUGGUCUCAUCUUUUAAGAUGAGACUACAUAUUAACCACUCCACAAGAAAACUAAUGCAGUGAACACUGUUUCAUCUUUUAUAGGAUCUAGAAAUGUCAAUCAGACAGCUGUCUUCACACUUGAUGCCAUGGAAACAAGCAGGCGUGUUUCAAGGAGACCACAAGGGAUAUUCAAGAGUACACAGGCUCAAAGAAGCAGUUGAUGCUCUUUGUCAGGAAAAACGAGCCAGUCCUUCAGAAAUACAAACAGACCAGGAGCCAUCACUUGAUCAUCUUAAGAGCAUCGUUGCUCACUUUCAAAAGCUAUUUGAUGUAUAUAGCAUUGAAGGAAUAUUUCCACGGAUGAAUGAAAUAUAUAUGCAACUUGGGGAGACAUACAAUUCAAUGAAUAACAUGCGGGACCUUCUUGGUUUGGGUAAAAAGAUUUCCCACUUAUUUCUGUUUUCUGUCUUAGCAUCCUCUCUCUUCUUUUUGCCCAGGUUAUUCACACAUUAGAUAGUACUAUCCACUGGGUAAAACACUAUCCAACAGGCCCCAGUUGUUCAAACUUUGGAUAACGCCAUCCACCAGACAAAAAACUAAUUAUGUUAUCCACUGGAUAGUGAUUUAUCCAGUUGAUAGUGUUAUCCACCUUUUGAACAACUGAAGCCAGAUCAAUGGAUAUAAAUUUUUCAUGUGGACAUGAUAGAAUUAUCCUCCUUUUGAACAACGCGAACUUGUUUAGUAAUGAUUUGCUGUAUUGUACUUUUCAAAAGUCACCUAAAUUGUAUGUUGCAAGAAAAUUAGGCUGCCUACUAAAAAUUUUCUCUCAUCUGUAGCAAACCAAAAUAUUGUCAUUUUUCCUUUUUUGUUUGUUUACGUGUUUAGAUCUCCUUAUUAGAAAACAGUUUAGAAUAGGUUGCACAAGUUACAUAGAGAGUUUUCUUUUCUUUUUUCAGAACCAACUUGCAAAUCAUCUGAUGUGGUCAAUGCAGUUGCUAAGCUUAGUAAAGCCAAACAUCUGCUGAUGGUUGAAGACUUGCCUGGGUAAACCUCCUCAUACAGAUAGAAAUAAUGGAGUUGCUGUCUUCAGUGUCACUAAGAAAUAGUGUUUUCAACAGGAGGCUGUGCAUGAGCUGAAACUUACAUUACACUAAAAACUACCAUGUGCAUUUGAAGGGAAAUUCAAAAUAUGGUUUGCACAAAGUUCAUGACAGUAGCAUGUUCUCGGCUGGUUUCAAGAUUGCCAAAAGGAUUUGGUGCUACAUCCCUCGAUUUAUUACUAUGUAGAUGAUUAGGUGUAAUAGCUUUUGUUGAUGACUCAAGACAUCAGUCACUGGCCCCUAAGUAAAGGGCUCACUGAGUACAAAGAUUAUAAUAUUCAUAAACAUAAGUUGGUGAAGUUUCACUGUACUGUAUCAUCAUUAAUUUGUGUUCUUGUGUGAUCUUAUUUCUCUUUUUUCAGCAUAAUCAAACGUCUGGAUCAGUAUGAUGAGUUCUUUCCAGCUUUCCAAUCUCUUGUAUCUGAACUGAAGAGGCUUUUAAGUGAGUGCCUUUGUAUUCAUAGUUAUUGUGUUUUAUACUGAGACAUUGCUAUUGCUGUAAUCAAAUGUGGGAGCUGCGUGAGGAGUCUGAUGAUCAGUAAGAUACCUUAUUACAUGAAAUUUUUGCAACACAUUAAUAAUUCAGUGAUUUUGAGAAAUCCUUAUUUAGCGGCACUUUUUUAGCAAUUUUUUCCAUAAAUUUUGGCACAUAAGUCACUAAAUCUUCACGAUUUCACUACCUAACUGAAACUGAAACAUAUCUGACUGACGGACACAGUUGCUACGUUUGAUUAGGAGUCUAAGGGGAUGCAGCAAAUCCAGCCUCCUUCACACUGAGUAUCACUUGUCUGACUGAUCAUUUGAUUCCUCACACAGUUCAGGUGUUUGAUUAGGAGUCAAAGGGAUCCAGCAAAUCCAGCCUCCUUCACACUGAGUAUCACUUGUCUGACUGAUCAUCACACUCCUUACAGGCAAAACACGCAAACUUGCAUUUGCCAUGAUCAUCACAGUAUCAUACCAUUAUCCUCAUGCUAUUGUUGUGUAUACUUCUCUUCUAUGUUAUCCUUCAGUAAAUGCUUUGAUUUGCCUCCACAGGAGUUCAAGAGAUGGACGAAAUAAUAACAGCUGUUACAGCACUUGUCAAGUUUCCUCCUUACUGAUAUUUUUAAAAGCAAUUAAUUUUUUAUCUUUAAAUGUUGUUUUAUUUAUUUCUAUAUUAUCUUUAAUCUUAUUUGUGUGAAAGCUUAGCACC